CAUAUCCGCUCUUCUUCCCAUCCUCGUUUGUUUGAGUUGGAACCUUCUCAAUUUGACUUCCUCUCAUGUCCCUAUCUAUGUCUGAAAAUCUAAUCCAAAAUCUAAACUUAUGUUGCACACAGACAAAUAUAACAGAACUCUCCACUAGUUUUUUAUUUUUUUUAUUAUUUUUAAUUUUUCAAGUUUUGCUCUUUGCUUUGCUCGUUUAUAAAAAGAAACCAAAACUAACAAACUUCAACUUUCCUUUUUUUUUUUUUAAUAUAUAAAAGUAAAUAUAUUUGUUGUUUUAAGCUGCCCACUUCAGCAACCCUGCAAAUUUUCUAAUUGUGGAGACAUGCAAAAGUUUGAACUCUUCUGCCACUGUUACUCUCUUUCCAGGGUUCGAUAAAAGUAGGGUUUGGUGUAAAAUGUUGGUUUUAAGCAUGAAUUCAAAAAGACAAAGGCGGCCUAAUGUUAGGUUAGGGGAAAUAGGAGACGUAUCCGCUGCUUUUGCAUGUGGGUUUUCCCAGAAGAAUAACGAAAGUUUGGUACAUAAAAGAUGGAAACCUGAUUUUCUCAACUCUCAAGAAAAUGAACUUGCUACUGCUGUUGAGUUUUGUAAAGGAAACUCUCCAAAUUUCUUGAUCUCUGACCCUGGUGUUUCCUCGAGGAUAUCAGCUGAAUUGCAACAAAACAGAGAGAAUAAGAACCUGAAUUCGUCGAAAUUGGGUUCUAAUUUGAUCAGUGCUGAUGAAAUUGACAUGAUGAAGUCUACUUUAAAUUUUGGUACGAUUACCAGGAAGAGUAGGGUCAUGAAGCGGCGAGGGCGGAGCAGGGAAGGCAAUAAUUGUUCGUUUGGCAGUGCUUGGAAUUGGAGUUCUAAACUUAGCCCUCAAUUUAGCAGUGAAGAUAGAAAGGAGCUUGGUGAGAAAGAGUUCAUGGGAAUCGGAUCAAAUGUUUGUGCAGAUUAUUACCCUGAUAAUGGUUUUCAGGACAUGUCAGAUCACGAAAUGCCGGCUACCAGCAAAGAUGCUUGUGAAUAUGAUGCAGAUGAACCUGGUUAUGGUAAUUGGCAACAAGGAAAUACUGAUGGUUUUUGGAAGGAUGCUUGUUUUGAAGGAAAUGAUGUGUUUCUUAAAUCUCGUGACAUAUGGGACCAAACGAGAUACCCCUGUAAUGAUGUAACUAGUGUCAGAAGAUGGUUGGAAGACCUGGGAUUUGGCAGGUAUGCCAGUGUAUUUGAAAUGCACGAGGUUGAUGAGGAAACUCUGCCUCUGCUUACUCUAGAUGAUCUCAAGGAGAUGGGUGUAUUUGCUGUUGGGCAUCGACGGAAAAUUUACUCUGCGAUACAGCAAUUAAGAGGAAGCGAUGUUUCUUGUUGAAAACUCUUCUACUAAAUGUAGUUGAUAAUUUCAAACUGAGGACUAAUUGGAUGAAGCUGCAAUGAUGCUUUGUCUCAAACUUGGCCAUGGGGCAGAGCUGUGGAUUGUGGAAUCUCCAAUAAUAAUUUCUUAGAUUUACAAUGGGACACACCCUAAGAUCGAAGUUGAACCAAACCUUUUAUGAGUUCGAAAGCACAUGUUGACAGCUCUGUUCAAGAAAUUGUCCCAAAUGGCAGGUGUUCUUCUUUUGUGGAAGCUUAUCUCAGCAUUUGCUCGAUGCAAUGCUUUGUUAGCCACGAGCAAACCCUGAAGCAAAGACUUGACUCAUGGUGGUCAAUUUUUUUUGAACAGUUUCAUGGGAUGAUGGUCUAAAACAAAUACUUUAAUGGACAUCCAGGACUUUGUAGCGGUUUCCUUGUCACCAUGCAGGUUGCUUCGGUGGCAACUAGAAAGUGUAAAAAUGGUGGAUCUCUGAUGCAGUGCUGCUGAGCUCACUUAUUUUUUUAAGUAAAGGACUUAAUGAUUUCAUCAGGCUCUUACUACCAUA